AUGUCUAUAAAAUUCCCAACUGAAAUUCAAAGUGCAUGUAUACCUAAAAUUUUGUUAGGGAAAGAUUGCAUAGGAGAAGCAAAGACUGGAAGUGGUAAAACUGCUGCUUUCGCAUUACCAAUUUUACAAAAGUUGUCUGAAGAUCCUUUUGGUAUUUUCGCUCUUGUUUUAACUCCUACAAGAGAAUUGGCUAUUCAAAUUGCUGAUCAAUUUAGAGUACUUGGCAAGGGCGUAAAUAUAAAAGAAUGUGUUAUAAUUGGAGGUCUAGAUAUGAUGACACAAGCGAUACAACUUUCAAGAAGACCGCAUGUUGUUAUAGCGACACCUGGAAGAUUAGUAGAUCAUAUUAAUAGUAGUAAUAUUAAAUCAAGUCUUAGCAAGAUUCGAUUUCUAGUGCUCGAUGAAGCUGAUCGUCUUUUAUCAGAUACAUUUGCAGAUGACCUUAAUGUUAUAUUUGAUAAUAUACCUUCAAAACGACAAACGUUGUUAUUUACGGCGACAAUGACAGAAAAUAUUCUAGCAAUAGAAAAUCUUAAAGAAGAUCCGGACAAGAGGCCUUUCGUUUAUCAAAUUAAAUCAGAUACAUCAACAGUAUCAACUCUGGCACAAUAUUACAUUUUCAUACCAUCUCACGUCCGUGAACCUUAUUUAGUCCAUCUUCUUCGCUCUGAACAAUUCUUAAACCAAUCUACAAUAAUAUUUUGUGGGCGUUGUAAAACUGCAGAAUUAUUGCGCGUAAUGUUGGUAGGACUGGAUAUUCGAUGUACUAGUUUACAUUCAUCAAUGAGUCAGAAAGAAAGACUAAAUAGUUUGGGAAAAUUUAAAGCGGAAGUUGUAAAAGUUUUAGUGGCUACAGAUGUUGGAAGUCGAGGUCUCGACAUUCCUACCGUGCAAGUUGUAAUUAACUUUGAUAUACCUAAGGAUCCAGCUGAUUAUAUUCAUAGACUAAACUUGUACCAAAUUUAUUUUUCAGGUAGAGGUGGUGUAGCGUUAUCAAUUGUUACGGAACGUGACAUAGAUCUUGUUCACAACAUAGAGGCUAGGACAAAUAAACGAAUGGAAGAAUGGAAAAUUAACGAGAAUAAAGUAGUAGAAAAUUUAAACGAAAUUGCUACAGCAAAACGAGUGGCAGUGAUGCAUCUUCACGACACUAACUUUGGUGGUGCCAAAGAAAUUCACAAAAAGAAACGUGAAGUUUUGGAAAAUGGAUCUACUCAGUCACAUCACAUCAAAAAUUCCCGUAAAAAAUCCAAAAAAUAA